AUGUUUGGUCUCAAGCCUGCUCUAUUUCUGUCCCUUGCGGCUCAGGGUCUAGCUUAUCGCUGGUUCAACUGGCAAGUUGAUAUUACCUGUGAGGCCACCGGCUUCUUUGUGCCUGACAAUAAGACCGACCUGGCUGGCUUUGUCAAACACCAUUAUCCCCUCAAGACCAUGCUCAGGCCUGUCGGUAAUGGCCAUGGGUUUGGCAACCUCACUACCUGUGUCAAUGACGGACAGACCGAGAGAGAUUCUUAUGUUCUCAGUCUGACCAACUUGAAGGAUCUGCACAUCCACGAGAGCAACCACACAGUCACCUUUGGCGGGGGUUGGGAUCUCGUUGAUCUCAUCCCGGCCCUUCACGAACAUGGUCUCCAAGUUCACAACUUGGGUAGCGAGAAAGUGCAGAACUACAUUGGUGCUGCCACCACAGGUACCCAUGGCACUGGCAAGUCAAACCAGAAUCUCGCGACCCAGAUCCUUGGUAUGCGUAUAAUGGACGCCAAGGGAGACAUUCAUGUCAUCGACAAGGACCAAGACCUAGAUGCCUUUCGCAUUGCUAUCGGAGCCCUGGGAAUAAUCGUUGAAGUCACCCUCCAGGCUGAACCCUUGUCGUUUCUGAAACGGACCAACAAGGUAAUCGAGGGCCCUUCCAAUAUCACCAAGUUGUAUGAGUUUAUUGCAGAACUCGGCGAGAAAUAUGAGCAGGCCAACAUCAACGGCCCCAACAUGGUCUGGAAUUCGUCUACACAGCAACUUGUGCCCUCGACGAAUCUUACGGUUGUCUACUGGGAGGAGACCAACUUCACUGGGGUUGCAAACUGCUCUUUGGAUUUCUGCUCGAAUGAUUGCGGCCCGUGCAACCGAGACUACAUCUGUUAUGAUUACAAGAUGGACGGUAUCGCCACCACCCCCCCUGGAAUCUGCUACCGCGGUUUCAUGGGACAGUUUGAGCACUUCUUCCCAAUUGAAAACCUCGCUGAGGCCGGAGUCGACUACUUCAACUACGCGAUGUCGCAGGGUGACCGCCUGGGACCAUACCAAGAUAUCAAAGAUGUUUUGGACGCUCAAAAUGUGGCAAGAUAUGAAUCCGACGACGUGACAGUGAUCACUAGAUUUGUCAAGGGUGAUGAUACUUGGCUGUCUCCCGUCAACAAGUACGGCUUGAAGCCCAACGCAAGUGGGAUUUUCGCCACCUUGGAGUACUCCUGGAUGCCUUCCUACAACAACUUCACCCAACAGUGGUUCUAUCAGGAACUCGCAAGCGAAUUUAUUCCCAAAUUUGGUGAGACCUACGAUGUCCGCCCGCACUGGAACAAGAUGCAGUUUCACAACGAGACCUACACGUCGACCAUUUUCCCAAAGAUGAACGACUGGCUCGAGAUCCAGGAGAAGAUGGACCCUCAGUGCCAGUUUGUCAACCCAUUUAUGAUCAAUGCCCUCGGAAUUGAUCGUUGCCAGGCUGUAUUCGAGUGA